AUGACAAAACGGCGUCUCAGCGACGAUGUUGCCGCUCGCAAAAGACACAAACCUAUAACCGGUUACCAACCACAGCUUAGCCCUCAUACGACUGACACGAUGACUCGCCUACACAAUCAGGGUAUCUACGAAACUGUGAAUGGCAUCUACAAGGAAAGCCAGGAUCUGCGAGUAGCAGGAGAUGCCAAGCUACACGAGAUGUUACCGACAAGUGACGGGCGAGACAUGAAGUAUAAGGACUUCAUGCCCGUUCAACACGAAACAGUCUACCCUAGGACUUUCCAUGAAGCAAUCGUCAGGAUUAGAAAGCUUGAGAGAAACCAUAUGGAGAGAGAAGGGUUAUGGGAUGUGACGAGAAUGGCUUUGAAGGAGAAACUCGACAAAAAGGAUCAGGAAAUUCGUGAUCUGAUGAUGCAGAACAACAGGAUGAACACGUCCUGGAGCGCAAGAAUGAAUUCAUUACGCAGACUAGGUCAAUGA